GUAUAGAGCAUACACAUCUCUAACUUACCUUACCUACCCUGUGUUCGGUGACUGGGUCUGUCUCUAGGGAAGAGCAGCCGAGCAGCAGCAGGAGAAGAAGAGAAGCUUCGUGACGCCAACGAGCAACGUCCCUUCGCCGUCAUUCUCUCGAAAGAUUGGGGACAUUUCAGAAGUCCCCCUCCUUUAUAACAACGCUGGAUCACACCGCUUCCUUCACUCCUCUCUCUUUCCCUCUCCUCUCUCUCUCUCUCUCUCCCUGUUUCCUGAAGCUUGUCAGAUUUUUGUCUAGAUGGUGAGCUGUAUCUGUUUGUAGUAUAAUAUAUCGAGAAAGGAAGAUCAACAAACCCAAGACGGGCUUCCCUGCCUCUCUCUUUCUUCUGCUGUUUCUUUUUUCUCUCUGCCUAUCUCUGUCUCUUCCGGUCUCGCUCGCUUGUUCGACAUGGGCUUUCCGGUGGGUUAUUCCGAGCUUUUCCUUCCAAAGCUUCUUAUUCACACGCUUUCGUUUCUGGGUUUUAUCAGAAAGCUCAUCUCCUGGUUUUUCCGCUUUCUGGGGCUGGGGGAUUUUCUCGAAUCCGACAUUGUUUGGCCGGACCGUCCGGCCCACGUCCCCGAAUUUCAUUCCGUGUCGGCCGUUCUCAUCCGUGAAAUCCUUCCCGUGGUCAAGUUCCAGGACCUGGUAUCAAGCGACGGGGAUACACCGGACAGCUGCGCCGUCUGCCUUUACGAGUUCGAGGGGAAGGAAGAAAUUAGGCGGCUGACCAACUGCCGACACAUUUUCCACCGGAACUGUUUGGACCGCUGGAUGGAUCAUGACCAGAAGACUUGCCCCCUUUGUAGGACUCCAUUUAUACCGGACGAGAUGCAGGAGGCGUUCAACGAGCGGCUUUGGGCUGCUUCUGGGGUUCCUGAUUUCUAUGGCGACUACUCGUACUCGUCGGUUUCCGCUUUGUAGCUCUUUCUAGGCCAGUAGGCCUCCUGGUCUCUGAAAACGAGGAAAUAUGGGAGGGAUUUUGUUUUGUUUUGUUUUGUUUUUGCUGGGUGGCAACUGAAUAUGUAUAUACGCGUACAUAUAGAUGAACCAAAAAAAAAAGUGAAAAAUGCUUAAAAAGGAUUUUUGUAUAGCUUUUUAUGAACUUGAAAUUGGGGUCUCGUAAAAAUAUCUCUCUUCCUUCGUUUCUUUCCUUCUUUUUCUCUUCUAGCUAGACUUCAAUGGCACAAAUUUCUAGUUUUGGCCGGAAACUAGUGCUACUCUGGCCGUCGGAGGGGAUGCCAGAUCAAAGAGCAGGGAGUGAGGAAUCAGGAGAAGCACAAAAUAAUGAAAAUGGGAGCUAAAGAGAUAUUUGAUCUGUUUAA